GUUUGUCCAUUGCAAAUAAAAUAAAAUAAGCAAAGUCUCCAACUGUAAUAGACGUAGCGCGAAGCUAAGCUAUGGCAAGCCACAUAAGUUAGCGAAAACCAUUAAUGGAGGGUAUCCUUUUCUUUCCUUCAAGUAGGAAAGUUCAAAUCAACAAGCUACUUCUCGACGUCCCCUCCCUCUCUUACCCUGUCCUACCCACCACGGCACCCACCAUAAAAGUUUCUGAUAUUUAAUGGUUCCAGCCAAAUUCUUCCACUUUUUUGUGCCUUUUAAUUACAUCCAAGACAGAGAAUAAAAAUUUCUUGCCAAAAGAAGAAAAAAGCUGUGAAAAGAGGAACAAAGUAGAGAAUAAAUGUGGCAAACUCUGCCCCACAAAUCUUCUCUUAGAGAAUCACUUAAAGCCCUCGAAGCUGAUGUUCAACAUGCCAAUAGCUUGUAAGUUGCACUUUUGUUCAUUACCCAUGGAAUUCUCUAUGCCUCUUUGCAGAACUAUCUAUGGUUUACUUAUGAUGAAGUGUUUUUUCUAAUUUUUCCCUUUUGGGUUUCUGUGUUGAGAUAUUCGUGAUAUGGGAGUUGGUUGAACAUGCAUUUGGUGGUCGGGUGUUCAGGGCAGGCGCACUACCAUUGGAUUUAAAUGGGCAUUGUGUCCUCAUGAAGGUGGCAUAUAGCCCUAUGGCCAAUUUUUUGCUAUUUCUUAUAGAAUGGAUGGACUAUAGUUGCUUGGAUUCUAUUCCAAGCUGGUUAGGCCUCCUUCAUAUACUUGUAUACAAAGUGUACAUUGAUGAAAUGCCAACCAUGUCUCCCCACGAAAGGACGGCAACCCUCAGAGAUUUUUAUGCUGUGAUAUAUCCUUCACUGAAGCAGCUGCAAGGCAACCUCAUCGAAUUAACAGAAGACAAUAGUAGGGGACUGGAAGAGAUGGUACAACCUUGUGAAGAUCUUCAGAAAGAAGACGAAUGUGGCAUAUGCAUGGAAAGCAGUGCAAAUAUGGUGUUGCCUAAUUGUGGUCAUUCCUUAUGCAUUAACUGCUUCCAUGACUGGUACAUCCGAUCUCAAUCGUGCCCAUUUUGCCGAGGGAGCCUAAACCAAGUGGACUCCGGAGAUCUGUGGGUUCUGACCGACAACUCUGAUAUAGUCGACACAAUCACGCUUGCAUAUGAGAACCUAAGACGGUUCUACCUAUACAUGGAUAAGCUACCGCCUGUAGUGGCUGUAACAAAUGCAUCACUUUAUGAUUACCUGAUGUAAUAUGUGGAAGAAGAAGAGAUCAUGGAUUUCAAGCAUUGAGAAUUUGUAUAUUCAAGUGAAGCAUGACUAUGACUUCUAAAUGGAGCUGUAAAUAUAUAUACUCUGUAACGUAGUUGCAACAUAGGUUUCCUACUACCUACAAGUCUACAAUACGGGUGGGCAUGGUUCAGUUCUGGUCCCACAAAUAGGAGAACUAUGACAGGCGGUUCCAAGUCCGGUUCCUGCGGGUUCAGUUCUUGCCACACAAGAAUUUAGUAGCUUGUAAUGAUAAAUAGUUAACAAAUAAGGGUGCACACACUAUUUGGAUGUAUUGAUUACCAUUGACAAACAAGUGAAAUUCAAAUAAUUUCAGUACCAUAUUUGGGCACCUCUAUGGAUUAUGUUUUGGAAUUUGGACGCAAUAGACAUUUCUUGUUGGUAAUGAUUUGUUUUUUUUUUUGAAUAUAUCCUGGAAAUAUACAAGUGUUUCAUGUGGUUCC